CCAGCUCCAUGUUUUCCAAAGAGCCGGUGCAGAGGUCACAAGAUGGCGGACAGACUCACGGAGGAGAAACAACCAUGAUCUCCAGGCGGCUCCUCCGGCUCCUCCGGCUGCUCACAGCCGCCUCUCCCGCUCCCUCCCCGGGCAGCGGCAGCAGACUGAUGUCGGCGUCCGGCCGAGGCUCCAUGAACGUGUUCGACCGAGAGAUGAAGAGGAGGCAGAGGAGGUGGGCGGGGUCUCUGCAGGACACUCACCUGUUCGAUUACCUGAGGGACGAGGUCGGAGGUCGAGUGGCCGAUCGAGUCUACGACAUCGCCAGGACGUUUCCUCUGGCGUUGGACAUCGGUGGUGGGAAAAGUCACAUUGCAGAGCAUUUAAGCAAGGACGUUGUGGAGCGUCUGUUCCUGACCGACGUCUCUGAGAAAACUCUGAGGAGACGGACUGAGAUCCCGACUCACUGCGUCCUGGCUGACGAGGAGUUUCUGCCGUUUCAAGAAAACACCUUCGACCUGGUGGUGAGCAGCUUGAGUCUGCACUGGAUCAACGACCUGCCGGGAGCUCUGAGACAGAUCCACCAGGUGCUGAAGCCGGACGGCGUGUUCAUCGGCGCCAUGGUUGGCGGAGAGACGCUGUACGAGCUGAGGUGUUCCCUCCAGCUCGCCGAGACGGAAAGGGAGGGAGGGUUCUCCCCCCACGUGUCCCCCUACACCGCCGUCACCGACCUGGGAAACCUGUUGGGCCAGGCCGGCUUCAACAUGCUCACUGUGGACAUCGAUGACGUUCAGGUUCAUUAUCCAGGAAUCACUGAGGUCAUGACGGAUUUACAAGGGAUGGGAGAGAGUAACUGUGCCUGGAACAGGAAGUCGCUGCUGCACCGAGACUCCAUGUUAGCAGCAGCCGCCAUUUAUAAAGAGAUGUAUGGAAAUGAGGACGGCUCUGUUCCUGCCACCUUCGAGAUCCUCUACAUGAUUGGCUGGAAGCCUCAUGAGUCCCAGGCCAAACCGGCGAAGCGAGGAUCAGCGACAGCGUCCUUCGGGACUUUGUCAAAGAUCAAACAGCCGAACCGGACGGAUGAGUCGUAGAGGAGAAGCCCGGCACAGCCGUCGCCCUGACGACGGCACAUUACAGACUUUACUGAGUUAACCAGGUUCGAAAUAAACUGUUGGAAUAAAGUUGGGUCAUGGAAACAGG